CACAAAACUUCCUCUGUAUAUGAAGGUUAUUGGGAUACGUUCCGCGAAUAAUCGGAUAUCUACUUGCAUCUGUUUAAACAGCAAUAUCUACCCGACAACAGAAGCUGUCACCGCGUGUGAGCCAUGUGACCUCAGUGGAAAAGAAGCGCGUCUCUGAAUGAAUAGAAUAGUUCUCUAGACCUCUCAAGGGUGACACGGCAAGCACUGAAGGUCGUGCAGACGUCUACUGUUCUGGUAAAACUGGACAUUUUAACAAUUUAUAACCCAACAAAUUCACAAAAAGACGUUAUUGAAAUACACAAAUAAAUAGUUAGUCUUGCACAACAGCUUUCCAUGAUGUUGUUGGGUCAAAAUGUUUCCGUUUUAAAAUCGCAGGAGUCCGACGCAUUCAUUUUAAAAGUCAGUUCAUCCAUUCAUGCCCCCAUCAGGUAGGCUGAAGUUUUUAAUGAUGUUGCACGUGAUUGAGGUAGAUUGCGAUUUCCCGUAUCCCUCUUUCACCAGUAGGUCCUUUCACUGCUCAGAACGCAGCGACCAGUGUAGGUUGUAGGCUAUUAGAGAAGCAUAUGUCAUGCCUUAAAUUAAAGCCAUGGUGUUGUUUAGACCUGUAUGAUACAUCAAAUUGUAAAGUUGGAUAUAAGCUACUUUAGUACAGUUAGGUUCAACUUUCCACACCCGAUAAAUUACAGUUACAUCGGACUGAGGGGUGUAACAAGUGAGUUUAAAAGACGGAGCUGGAUUCUAUACCUUCCUCUUCUCCCCUCUCCUGGAGCGUGUUCGCAAACCAAGGCAUGGCCUCACCUACAGAGAAUAACAGAAACUCUUGGAACAUAGGGGGGUCGUCCAUCUCUCCACAGGGAAGCACACCAUCGGAGCUGGAAAUGUCCGAAAAGACAUCCGAUGUUUUAUAUGUCAAUGCCCAAGCUGGGAUUCCCUGCAGCAAGAGUACCCUGGCGAUUCCACAAAAUCCAACUAAAAUGGGGAGAAAGAAGAGCGUAGAGGACAUUCCUAUCAGCCUAACGGGGGGCCAACGACGGCCAUCCCACCUGCAACAUGUUAACCUUAACCACCGAAUGUCUGUCUGGAGUACCACUCGUCCUGUGCUCACCAGAGGUUACGUCCAAGGGCGCGUCUACAACUUUUUGGAGAGACCAUCUGGUUGGAAAUGUUUUGUGUAUCACUUCUCAGUGUUUCUUAUUGUCUUGGCGUGCUUAAUCCUCAGUGUGCUGUCCACUAUCGAACAGUACCAGUCCCUGGCUCACGGAACACUCUUCUGGGUGGAAAUUGUGCUUGUGGUGUUUUUUGGUGUAGAGUACGUGGUGAGACUCUGGGCAGCCGGAUGCCGGAGCAAAUAUGUGGGCAUCUUGGGAAGGCUGCGGUUCGCCAGGAAACCCAUCUCCAUCAUCGACCUGAUCGUGGUGGUGGCCUCUAUCGUUGUGCUUGCUGUGGGCUCCAAUGGCCAAGUGUUUGCGACCUCUGCAGUGCGGGGGAUUCGCUUCCUGCAGAUCCUGCGGAUGCUCCACGUUGACAGGCAAGGAGGAACUUGGCGUCUCCUUGGAUCUGUGGUCUUCAUACACCGACAGGAGCUGAUCACAACCCUGUACAUUGGUUUCCUAGGCCUCAUCUUCUCCUCCUACUUCGUGUACCUGGCUGAGAAGGAUGCCGUGGACAGCAACGGCUCCACGGAGUUCGGCACCUAUGCUGAUGCCCUCUGGUGGGGAGUGGUGACCGUUACUACGAUAGGUUACGGAGAUAAGGUACCACAGACUUGGAUUGGGAAAACUAUAGCAUCCUGCUUCUCAGUCUUUGCCAUCUCCUUUUUCGCCCUGCCAGCAGGAAUCCUGGGCUCUGGCUUUGCUUUGAAGGUCCAGCAGAAGCAGAGACAGAAGCACUUCAACAGGCAGAUCCCAGCCGCUGCCUGUCUCAUCCAGUCCUCCUGGAGGUGUGUUGCCGUGUUGAACCAUGACUCCGCCACCUAUAAGAUGUUUGUACAGAGAAGGUCAGCGAGCCACAGCGCUGCCAUUUACAGCCCAAAGCCCAAGAAAACGGUAAAGUUAAAGAGGAAACAGCGGAGCACUGAGAAGGACAGCAGUCCCAAUUCUCCGACGGUGCCAAGCAUCACUUAUGACUUUGACAACACCUCGGAUGUGUACAGCACGCAGCAGUCAGACCGUCAGCUAUCCUGGACCUCCAUUUCCUCCUUCCAGUUCUCCCCACCCCCAGUGAAGAAGAGUCCGGGGCUCCUGGAGGUCCACUCCCCUCCCCCGCUCCAGAGGAACAGCAGCCACCCUGAUGACAUGGAGAUGGAGGCCGACAGCCUGCUGCUGCCCGUCACUCAUGUGUCCCAGAUGCGGGACGCGCAUAGAGUAGCCAUCCGUGUGAUCCUGCGCUUGAGAUACUUUCUGGCCCAGAAGAGGUUUCAGCAAGCACGCAAGCCUUAUGAUGUUCGGGACGUCAUUGAGCAGUACUCCCAAGGCCAUUUAAACCUCAUGGUGCGCAUCAAGGAGCUGCAGAGAAGAUUGGAUCAGUCACUGGGGAAACUGUCUUUGUUUCAGACCAGCUCAGAACGGGCUAAAGACAAAGGAACCAACACUAUUGGCUCCAGACUCAACAGAAUGGAAGAUAAGAUCACACGAAUGGACCAGACACUCAGCCGUCUCGCCGACUCUCUAAACCUCUUGCUUUUAGGCACGGGCCAGCAGGCGAGUCCGAGCCGCCGCGGCAGCAGACAGGAAGAGAGAGUCAGCACCCCCCCUCACACCAGCAGCCCUGCGCCCGCCUACGAGCAGCUCACGGUCCCACCGGCCUCCCCCUCCAACGCAGAGAGCUCCUGAGGCUUUGAAUGACGGGAUCUUUACCCCCUGUGAACUCUGCAUGUCAGGCGGCAUAAUUAACACGAUGAUUAAUCAAAUAGUGUGAGAAAAUCAGACAUGGUCUUAUCAAAUCAGAUGCCUGUCGGAAUACGAAACAUGGAAUGUGUUUUUAAUAGAUCAAGAGCUAGCCCAAAAUGUGAAUACGUUCAUCAUUGUACCUUUACCAACCUAUGUUCUGCCAUAUGAUGUGAAUGAUGUACAAAAAUGACAUGUUGUAAUGACUGAAAAACUUCUAUAUGAAAAUGCUUCCUGUCAAAGUGAUUGUAUUCAUUUUAGAGUUUUGCAGUAUUGCUUAAUCCCUCAAUAGGGAUUUUCAAGUCAGAUUUGAGAUAUGUAAUAACAGAAAUAGAUAUACAAAGUUCUACCUAUAAUGUGUGCCUUGAAAUCGCUUUGAUCUGAACAUGAGUUUUAUGUUAAGUACAAGAUCUUUUCCAUAAAGAGUUCAUAAAAUCAUUAUUUAUUCAUGAUGAAAAUGAUGAUGCUGCAAUUAUGAUUUUCAUUUGUUUAUAAGUAGUUAUAAAAUUCAAGCAAUAUUUUGAUGGCUUAAUAUUUUACUUAAUUAUCUCACAGUUUUUCCUCAAUAGUUAUGUAUGUUCACCACCGGGAUUGCUCUCUCACUCUCUGUUAUAUAUGUGUUAUUAUAAUCAACGAGUUUUCAGUUUAUGUUAAAGUUAUAAUGACAAAGUAUGCCUUCAAUAACAAUAAAAACUGUUUCCCAGUUUCA